AUGGAUCGAAGUUGGAUGUUAAUACCUAAUAGAUUGGAUAAAGACUACAUUGCUGGUGUUAAGUCAUUCAUUGAUGCUGCAAAUAAACAUUUGAAUAGUGACAAUGAGACCCGUUGUCCUUGUCGUGAUUGUCAAAAUGGAAGAUUGUUUAGUUUACCCGUUAUUUGGCGUCAUCUUAUAACACGUGGGAUUUCACAACAUUACCAAACAUGGACAUUACAUGGAGAAAGUGUUGAUAAUGAGUCAAGUACUGAAAUGGACGAUGAUAGCGAGAGUGAUACUGAGGAUGAUAAUGACGUUGACAUGUUUGGUAUCUUAGAUGAUAUGAUAGGCCCAAUAAACAUGGAUGCCAACGUUGAGGGUGGUGCUGCCAAUAGUUCUCAUGCUAACAAAUUUAAUGAUUUGUUUGAGGAAGCUAAACGAGAACUUUAUCCUGGUUGUACCACAUUUUCUCCAUUAACAUUCAUUAUAAGGUUGAUGCAUAUUAAGGUACUGGGUCGUUGGAGUAAUAAACAUUUCAAUAUGUUGCUCCAAUUCUUAAAAUGCUCUCAUCCAAAAGGAGCAAUUAUCCCCACGUCACUUUAUGAUGCGAAAAAAAUGUUGCGAGAAGUGGGUUUGGGAUAUGAAUCCAUUCAUGCAUGUGUGUAUGAUUGUGCCUUGUUUUGGAAACAAAAUGAGAAACUUGAUAAAUGUCCGGAGUGUAAUGAGUCGAGAUACAAGCCAAGUAAUAGCAAAAAAAAGCUUAUCCCACAAAAAGUAUUGCGUUAUUUUCCAUUAAAGUCUAGGUUGCAGAGAUUGUAUGCUUCUAGACACACUGCGAUCGACAUGAAAUGGCACAAAGACAAGCGACUUAAUGAAGAGGGCAUUCUUAGACAUCCUUCAGAUUCUGAGCAAUGGAAGGAUUUUGAUAUCCAAUAUCCUUGGUUUGCACAUGACUCUAGAAAUGUUAGGUUAGGACUUGCUACAGAUGGUUUUAAUCCAUUCGGAAAUAUGAGCAAUAAUUACAGUUUGUGGCCAGUCAUACUUAUACCAUAUAAUUUGCCACCUUGGAAAUGCAUGAAAGCAAAUUUUUCUAUGAUGACGUUACUUAUUCCUGGACCAAAUGCACCUGGGAGGAAUAUUGAUGUGUAUCUUCGUCCAUUGGUGGAUGAGUUGAAAGAAUUGUGGGAGGAUGGUGUUCAAACUUUUGAUGUCUCCACUGAGGCAAGUUUCCGUAUGCAUGCAUGUGUAUUGUGGACUAUAAAUGACUUUCCUGCUUACGGGAAUUUAUCUGGUUGGAGCACAAAGGGAUACUUGGCAUGCCCUGUAUGCAAUGCAGAUAUUACAUCAGAUAGGUUGAUACACAAAAUAUGCUACAUGGGUCAUCGUCGAUUUCUUCCUCGUAACCAUUCUUGGAGGAAAAGUCUUGCAUAUAAUGGCAAAACUGAGCAUCGACCCCCUCCGAGGUUGUUUUCCGGGGAUGAAUUAUUAAAGCAAUUAGAUCUUGUUAAACAUUGUAAGCCUGGUAAACAUCCAGCCAAUCCGGAUUUGGUACGAAAACGGAAGCCUCAAGAAUUGAAUUGGACAAAGAAAAGUAUUUUCUUUGAGUUAAAAUAUUGGUCAAAACUGAAGUUGAGACAUAACAUUGAUGUUAUGCAUGUUGAAAAAAACAUAUGUGACAACAUAAUUGGGACAUUGCUUAAUAUCAAAGGGAAAACUAAAGACACAGAUAAUGCUCGACGAGACUUGAAAGAUAUGAACAUUAGGCCAAAUGAUCAUCUUAUGCCAGAAGGGAAUGGAUUUAGGAAACCUCAUGCAAGAUAUACAUUGAAUGUGAAUCAGCGCAAGGACUUCUGUAAAUUUUUAAAAUCUGUCAAAUUCCCUGAUGGGUACGCUGCAAAUAUCUCUAGAAAUGUGACCAUUAGUGAUGGGAAGAUAUCCGGAUUGAAAAGUCAUGAUUGCCACGUUUUACUCCAACGUCUUCUCCCUGUUGGUAUUCGUUCAUAUUUGGAUUCUGAUGUGUGUACUGCACUAGUUGAGUUAUCCAUCUUCUUUCAACGUAUGUGUGCAAAGACAUUAAAAAUUUCAGACUUGGACCAAAUGGAGAAAGAUAUUGUUUUGACAUUAUGCAAACUUGAAAAGAUUUUUCCACCGGCUUUUUUUGAUGUGAUGGUUCAUCUAGCCGUCCAUUUACCUCGAGAAGCAAAACUUGCUGGUCCAGUUACCUAUCGAUGGAUGUAUCCCAUUGAAAG